AGAGAGUCAGUCUCACUGAUGUCUCGGCUGAACCUGGAGUCCAGUCUGGAUGCUCCUUCAGAGACACAUACUCCUCGGUAUGUCCCGAAUCGCCUGGUGCAGGCUGACAGCAGUGAAGGGGAGGUACAGCUAAUUGCCCUUUCCUCCAAAAGUGGAUUGAUGGACGUCCAUCAUGAUGAAGUGGACAUGAUUCAACAUUCAGCACCUGUGGCACAAUGUCGAAUAUGAUUUACCUGACUGCAAUAAGCAUUUUGUACUUGCCUGUGAUACUUUUUGAGGCAUUCGUUUUGUCCAAAGGCAAGUAUGAGAGGUCUGUGGUGCCAACUUCAGCCUCACGCCUGGUGGCCAGGAUGGAUGGAGAUGUUAUAAUCGGUGCCCUGUUCUCUGUGCACCACCAGCCCUCAGCUGAAAAGGUAGCAGAGAGGAAGUGCGGGGAGGUCCGUGAGCAGUACGGCAUCCAAAGAGUGGAAGCCAUGUUCCACGCUCUGGAUCGGAUUAACUCAGACCCAAACCUGUUACCCAACAUCACCCUGGGCUGUGAGAUCAGGGACUCCUGCUGGCAUUCCUCUGUGGCUCUGGAGCAGAGCAUUGAGUUCAUACGAGACUCUCUCAUUUCCAUCCGGGAUGAUAGGGACGGUGCCAGGUGGUGCAUUGAGGGGUCACCUUCCAGUCAGCCCCCACCUACCAAGAAACCCAUCGCAGGGGUCAUCGGGCCCGGUUCGAGCUCAGUCGCAAUUCAAGUCCAAAACCUUCUGCAGCUCUUCAACAUCCCACAGAUUGCCUACUCUGCAACUAGUAUUGACCUUAGUGACAAGACUUUAUUUAAGUACUUCCUCAGGGUUGUGCCUUCAGACACCCUGCAAGCCAGAGCCCUGUUGGACAUCGUCAAACGAUACAACUGGACGUACGUGUCCGCAGUGCACACAGAGGGUAACUACGGUGAGAGUGGAAUGGAAGUGUUUAAGGAGCUUGCUUCACAGGAAGGCCUUUGCAUCGCCCAUUCUGACAAGAUUUACAGCAACGCCGGAGAGAAACACUUUGACAGGCUGCUAAGGAAGCUGAGGGAACGUCUGCCUAAAGCACGAGUUGUUGUCUGCUUCUGUGAAGGCAUGACAGUCCGAGGGCUGCUCAUGGCCAUGAGGCGGCUUGGUGUAGCCGGAGAGUUCCUCCUAAUUGGCAGUGACGGCUGGGCAGACCGAGUUGAGGUGGUGGAGGGAUACGAACAGGAGGCAGUGGGCGGCAUCACAGUGAAGCUGCAGUCUGAAGAGGUGUCCUCCUUUGAUAACUACUUCCUAAAGCUCAGGCUCAGCACCAACACACGCAACCCGUGGUUCCCUGAGUUCUGGCAGUACCGCUUUCAGUGCCGCCUUCCCGGACACCCUCAAGAGAACACCAAUUAUGCAAGAAACUGCUCAGGUUAUGAAAGUCUGGAGGACAACUAUGUUCAAGACAGCAAGAUGGGCUUUGUAAUCAACGCCAUUUAUGCCAUGGCCCACGGGCUGCAUGACAUGCACAGUCACCUCUGCCCCCGCCACGAGGGCCUGUGUGAGGCCAUGAUGCCUAUUGAUGGAAGCCACUUACUGGAGUUUCUGCUCAAGACCACCUUCACGGGUGUCUCCGGAGAGGAUAUAUGGUUUGAUGAGAACGGGGACUCACCUGGGAGGUAUGAGAUUAUGAAUUUCCAGCGAGUGGAGCCCAGUGUUUAUGAUUACAUCAACAUUGGUUCAUGGCAUGAGGGUGUUCUGAGCCUCGACGAUGACAUGAUGCAGAUGAACCGCAGUGACAUGGUCCGAUCCGUGUGCAGUGAACCAUGCUCUAAAGGGGAGAUUAAAGUGAUCCGGAAAGGAGAGGUGAGCUGCUGCUGGAUCUGCACUGCCUGCAAAGACAAUGAGUACGUCCAGGAUGAGUUCACGUGUAAGGCCUGUGAACUGGGCUGGUGGCCUGACAGCGAACUGGAAGGCUGUGAGCCAAUCCCCUUGCGCUACCUGGAGUGGAGCAACCCCGAGUCCAUCAUCCAGGUGGUUUUCUCCUGCCUGGGCAUCCUGGUCACAUCGUUUGUCACCUUUGUGUUUGUGUUAUACCGUGACACGCCUGUGGUCAAAUCCUCCAGCCGAGAGCUCUGCUACAUCAUCCUAGCAGGCAUCUUCCUGGGCUACCUGUGCCCUUUCACCCUCAUUGCCCGUCCCACCGUGGCCUCCUGCUACCUCCAGAGGCUCCUCGUUGGGCUGUCGGCUGCCAUGUGCUACUCUGCUCUGGUGACAAAAACCAACCGCAUCGCUCGCAUCCUGGCGGGCAGCAAGAAGAAGAUCUGUACCAGGAAGCCCAGGUUCAUGAGCGCUUGGGCUCAGGUAGUCAUUGCCUUCAUCCUGAUUAGUGUCCAGCUCACUUUGGAGGUAACUCUCAUCAUCAUGGAGCCUCCAGAACCCAUCAAAUCCUACCCCAGCAUCAGAGAAGUCUUCCUAAUCUGCAACACCAGUAACGUCGGUGUUGUGGCUCCACUGGGCUACAAUGGCCUGCUUAUCAUGAGCUGCACCUAUUACGCUUUCAAGACCCGCAACGUUCCUGCCAAUUUCAACGAAGCCAAAUACAUUGCUUUCACCAUGUACACCACAUGUAUUAUCUGGCUUGCAUUUGUGCCGAUCUACUUUGGCAGCAAUUACAAAAUCAUCACCACAUCCUUUUCUGUCAGCCUCAGUGUGACUGUAGCUUUGGGCUGUAUGUUUACACCAAAGAUGUACAUCAUUAUUGCCAAACCAGAGCGAAACGUCCGCAGCGCAUUCACCACAUCUGACGCUGUGCGCAUGCACGUUGGUGAUGGUAAAAUUGCCUGCCGAAGCAACAGCCUGCUCAACAUGUUCAAGAGGAAGAAGAACACAGGAAACGGCAGUUCUAAUGGAAAGUCUGUGUCAUGGUCUGAACCAGGUGCAAGACAUCCUCCAAAAGGGGAUCACAUGUGGCACAGACUGUCAGUGCAUGUGAAGAGACAGGAAGCAGGUUCCAAUCAGAUGGCUGUCAUCAAACCCUUAACUAAUACCUUCCAAAACACAGCCCUGGAGUUUUCAGACCUCAGUACUAAGACUUUGUAUAAUGUGGCUGAGGAGGACGAGAGUGAUCCUGUCAGAUAUGACCCCCCUGACUCUCCCCCCAUGAUGGCCCAUGGGCAAAUACCCAGCCCAGGGCUUCUAAAAGAUGCUAGGGAGGAGGUCGAGCUCUACACCCCUGAGCAUCUGCAACAAAAUAGCAUCAUGUCCCAACAUGUCAUCAUGGACCACCUGCAGAAGGAGGUGGUCAUGGCCAAAUUAAACAGUGACAUCCCUGCAUUUAAUGAUAUGAUUAGCCUGCCUGAGGCUGUGAGUGGCGGCAUGCCCGUCUACCACCAGGCUCACCUCAUCCAGCAGGACCCGGUCCUGCCCAUGCAGCUCGACCUGUUUGAUGAGGAGCCUGCCUCCCCCUUAGACGAGGAGGAGGAGAUGGACAAUGAGCGCUUUGGCCUUCUUCAAGGCUACAUGUACAACAACACUCAGAUCCAUGAAGAGGAGGAUCUCCUUGAGGUCAAAUUAGCUGUGGAGGAUUCUCUGGCUCUGAUGCCUCCGUCCCCUUUCCGAGAUUGCGCUGGGCCUCCGGUGAGCCCCUUCCCCAACUCGCCAGUGUCUGAGUCCAUUUUGUGCACUCCUGCAAAUGUGACAUAUGCAUCUGUUAUUCUCAGAGACUACAAGCAAAGCUCCUCGACUCUGUGAGGCACUAAUGAAGAAAAUCUUACAUUUAUGACUGUAUUUGAUAUAUAGGGGAAAAACCAUUCUGUGAUCUGACAAGUCAUUUUUCACUCUACAGCUUUUACACAAUAAGGGCAAGAAACAAGACCCCACAUUUUAAAAUCUAGUAACACUUUACUUGGAUAGUCCAUGUGCAAAGAAUGUACUGUAUUUGUAAAGCCCAGUUCAGACAAAAGAUUUGCAAUGAGAUGAGCCCAUUUUAGGAACUGAAUGGGAAAAAGUUGCAGUGUUGUGAACUGGCCUGUCUCAGCUGGACUCAGUGUCAUCACCUGCCACUCAACUUGUCAAAUCUCCAGUGACUGAUUUUAGAAUGCAAUUUAUAUAGUUCACGUUUGAAUAUUUAUGGCCUAUAGUUCAUGAGUUCCCAACAAGUGUUAUCAUCAGGAACUCUCCUGGUGAUGUCAAGUCUUGAUAUUUAGGGCCAGAUUUAGUAACAGUUUGUGCCAGCUUAAAUCUGUUUUUAGCAUUAAAAACAGGUACAGCUGGUUAAUGGGGGGGGCACAAGGGUACAGCCCCCUUAAAAUAAAUUAGAGCUGUUUUAGCAUUAAUUUGAACAAAAUUGUCUAUGUAUCUAUAUAUACUCAGUCAUAAUACCCAUCCUUUGUCCAGUACUGAAGUUGUUUCUACCUGUGUUUAGAUCCUUUCGAUGUGAAAUACGUAUGAGUGUGUAUAUGGCUCCAGCUUUUUGACAAGCAGGUGACAUGAGACUCUGCUCUCAUUUCAGGAUUGAAGAUUCCUCCCACGGCACAAUGUCUGGUGCAAGUAGCCAAUCAGAAUAGUUUUUGUGUUCUGUGCAUAUAUGAUUACAUGAUUUUUGCUGGGUUGCCAAGUCUCCUCAAGUGCAAUACAGAAGCUUUCAGGACGCCAGAGUGGAUGCAAAGCAGAUGAUAAACCUGCUCCAAAUGUCACAUGUAACAGAGUUUCAUUCCGUUUCAUCACCAUUUAGUCCUCCUGGUUUUAUACAAGGCCAAACAACACUUGGCUAUUCAGCUACAUAGGUAAUAUGGGACCUAAAAAUAUCAGCUGUCCGAAAUAUCAGGUGGAUAGUUCAUGGGUUUACUGUGUGGGGUAUGUCAGUUCUGUUUUUAUUUCUUUUUUCUAAAGAAAGAAGAUGCAUACAACAAUUCUGGCAGAUGUUGGUCAAACAUCAAUCAAUCAAUCAAUCA